AUGAAGAAGCCGCGCGGAUCAGACCGCACUGAAGGUCAAGUUUUCCUUUUCGUCAACAAGAACCCCAAGUCCAAGUCUCUGUCCAAAAGCGAUGGCGCCGUCGCCAAACAGAUCAAUCGCCACGCUCAGCAUUUCCGGAGUCGCAAGGUUGAGGCUCAGAAAAUCACUUCUGCUCGCUCCAAUUGUUCUUCAGCCCGCCGUAUCGCCCUAGAUGGGUGGCACCGGAAAGAGACCGGACAAGGCUCUAGCAGCGAUGAAUCCUCUCCAGUGUCGUCGCCCAACGAGGAGCUAGCAGCAGCGUCACCCUCGCAGGAUGCCACGCCCGUUCGCCAAAUCUUUUCGCCAAUGAUCGACGCGCCAUCGGCUGAACUGCCACCUAUCGCACCGGCAUUGCCUCGUAAGGCACUCUCUGUGCAAAUGCUAGCGGGCGACAGCGAUUCCGGGUUUGAGAUUGAUGAACAUCACUUCGAGGAUGAAGGAGCGCUGGAGCUGUCGUCCCCAGUCUACAGGGCGAACUUUACCUCGUACGACUGUAUUGAUCCUUUCAGGAGUACGCCGGUCCGAAUCACUCCUCGAAUCCACGUCGUCCUCCAAUAUACCCUACAAAUCUAUUCCUACUCCGGCAACAACUACAAACUGGCUUUUUUGCCCCAACAUGUGCGGUCCACCAUCAGCCAAUUCCCUAUUGGAGCGGUCGUUCAGCGAAGUGUCUACAAGGAGCAUCACCUGUAUUCCUUGAUGGCAGCCAUGCUUGCUCGGAUGAAGCAUGUCUUUGACAUGUCACCCACAGCCGACGACCCCCAAGUGGUUCGCGCGACAGCCUCGCACUAUCUCCGGAAGGAAUUGAUUCGGUGCUCGAGAUCAGGAGACGUCGACAAACAAACCAUACUGGACAUUCUCUUCCUUUGCGUCAACGAGAUGCAGUAUGGGCGGUAUGACGAUGUCCGAAAACACCUCCACAUUGUUGGGAAGCUAUUACAUCUACUAGAUCCAAGCCAACUUCUUGAUCGGUGGAUUUCGGAGACCGCUGCUCACGUGGACAAUCAGCUUGCCCUAUCUACGGCCAAACGUCCCGUCUUACCAAGCACAUUUGACCCCGGCCCCAUGCUCCCUGAACGGAUGGCGAUUCUUCGGCGUGAGGCACAGAAUCUAAAGUAUUUUGGCUAUCCCAACCCGGGUUCGAUGAUGGUUGCCCGCGCCCCUAAUAGUUCUAUGGGCAUCACCGACGCCAUCGCCGAUCUCGCAGCCACCCUCGACAUACGGAUGGGUUCUCAAUUUGUCUACGCUUUGAAGAUGGGUGCUUUUCCAUGGAAUCUCGGCCGCAUCGUUUCAGACUUGGUUGAUUGCAUCGAGAUAGCAAAGGUCGUGUGGUUGUCCCCCCUAGCAGUGUGUUUCGACGCAGAAUGGUUGUGCCGCAAAGCCCGAGCAGUGCUUCGGGGUCUUCUCGCCAUUGCCCCUGACCGCAACAUUGGAGCCAUGGACCUGAUGUGCAAGUGCACAGAAUGUGUCAGAGUGUGCCUGUUGAUCCUCAUGACUCACGCAUGUACCUUGAUUGGCUUUCAGACCGCAAAGACUAAUGUGCAGCGACUACAGGCGGCGAUGGAGUACGCCCUGAAAUUUUGGUGCCCUGCGGUUGGUUGGACGGAAGAUUGUAUUCCAUUGAAUGCUGCCGCUCAGCUCGAUCCCUUUGUCGAAAUGCAAGCCAGAUUUGUCUUGUGGGGUUUGCUCACGGGUUGCUGGUCGGCCGAUGGUCAUCCAGCGGAGCAAUUCUUCAUACCUCGAGCGCUUAAUAUCUGCCAACAUUUUGGCUUCACGACGUACGAAGACCUACACAACCAUAUGGCAGGAUUCCUCUAUUCCAAGACUCUGCAGGAACGCAGUCUGAGGAAAGUAGCUGCUCGAUUGCAGCAGGCACCCGCAGGGCGCACUUCCAUUGCCACCUGA